CAUGAAGGUAUGAUUCAUCAUCGCACUAUCAGCAGAAGCAUUUUGAAGUACGUUGUGGAAUCUUGUUAAAUUUAAAAUUUAUGAAGUGUUAAUUUCUUCAUCAUUUGAGUUUGUUCAAAAAGUUUGGUCGUAUACAGGAUUAUUUCGCAAAUUUGUGUCACUAUUACACUUUGUUGUCAAAUACUGACUACGGUGAAUUUUGGAUAAAAAAGAUCAAUCAAAAUGUCUCUAUAUCCUUCACUGGAGGACAUGCAGGUCGGCAAGAUCUUACACUCACAAAGUGCUGCUGUUGCAAAUGCUGCUGCAACUCAACAGCAAUAUCAGACAAACAGAAAUCAUGAGCCUCCACCAGCUUAUACGAUGAAUCCUUAUCCCCAACUCAACGAUCUUCCCACGGGACCCGUCUUGACAAGUGGAAAAGAAGCAAUGAAAGAGAAGGCCGAGUUUUACUACCCAGAUUUGGCCGACUAUAUGGGGCUGGAGUUGAGUCGGGAGGUAAUUGCUGCAAACAUGCCAGAAUAUCUUAACCGGGGUGGCCAUGUCUCACUUUACCAAUCGGAGUCUUUGCCUAUGACUGUUGUGAACAAUGCUAGCAUGGUUGCCCCAAUUUCUGGUGGUUCGGUUGGAUUGCAGCGUGGUCAAGUCACCAAUGGAAUUCGAGAAUUGGUUCUUUGUAAGGGCUCGGAUAAAAAAGUAGGACUUCGCGCGCAAUCUAUCAAUAAUGGAGUAUUUGUGGCACUGGUUGUUAAAAAUAGUCCGGCUGCGAUGGCUGGACUUAGAUUUGGAGAUCAAAUUCUACAAAUCAAUGGUACACUUGUGGCAGGGUUUUCUGUUGACGAUGUCCAUAAACUUCUUAAAAAGAGCGACAAAAAUAACAUCUCACUAGUUGUUAGAGAUCGUCCUUUCGAAAGAGCUGUUACGUUGCACAAGGACUCUGCUGGACACCUCGGAUUUCAGUUCAACAAUGGAAAAAUAACAUCGAUUGUGCAAGGAUCAUCAGCUGCACGGAAUGGGCUUCUAAUUGAUCACCAAAUUCUGGAAAUAAACGGACAAAAUGUAAUUGGCGUUAAGGAUAAGGAGAUAACACAACUCAUAAAUGAAGGUGGAACGAUCAUAACUCUGACUAUUAUACCGUGUAUUAUCUAUGACGUGAUGAUGAAAAAACUACCAACAUCUUUCAUCCGAAGUAAAAUGGACCACUCUGUGCCAGAUUUCUAGAGAAAUUGUGGGAGAUUCGUUUCAUUGCCAAAUCUAUUUACUUCCAUUUACAUACUAAACGUUUUAUACACAUAUGUUAUGUAAUAACAACAUAAAAUGUAGGCAUUUACUACGAAUUUUGUCUGCGUAAAAUUAGACAAAAAUCAUUAGGAUAUGUUGUACAAUUAAGCAUAUAAGAUACAUGUUCAUCUCCACUAAUUAUUGAUUAUUAGAUGUAUAAAACAUUGUCAAAAACAUCUUUAAUUAUGCGAAUAAAUAUAAUCGAUUU